AAAUUAGUUUCUAAAGGCAUUUAUUCGGUCACGCAGGACGUUCGAAACGCACUGGAAUCAUAUCGGCAACGUUUGGAUUGUACAAUGAAUGCUGUGCGAACGCAUAUCGAACAUUUUAUCGAUUCCAAUCCUUUGCUGGAAUCCACGUCAUGUACAGAUCCCGUAAAUAAUCUUAAAAAUCCACUGAAACCAAUAAGCCGCAAUAUUAUUAAAACUCCCCAAAUAGUGUUGAAUUUAACCGAAACCGAAAGGCACCAAACACGCAUUAGAUCACGGUCCCCUUCGCCGUUUUGGAUAAAAGGCGAGACGUCCACAUACUCGGAAGUUCUCAAAACCGGUUGCGUAUUGUCGAGGAAUAACAGUAGAAGCGUGACUCCAGAAUCGAAAAGUGUCAAUGUCGAGGGUGGAACACGCAUGAGUAGAAAGUCGAGUUUUGACAAUCUACUCCGAACUCCACCGUCGACGAGAGCCAGGAGUAAAUCACCAAAGGACAGAUGGCAACCAAAUGACUUUAAAAAAAACACGACUUUACGCGGAUCACCGCUGCAGAAGUCAUCGACGUCUGCAGCAUCCGUUGAAGAUGGCCAAUCGAAGGUAGACGACUCGGACCGUGUUACUCUCGCGCCUCCAACUCCCAGACACGUUAAACGACGAUCUCGGUCCAGGAGGAAUCGAAACGCAACCAAAAAAGACAACGGAAACAAACCAGUCGGAGGUUCUGAAUCUGAAAUGAACACCGAAGAAGCUACAGUUUCACCAGAAAGAUGCGCAGUGAACACCACCAUUUCGUCGUCGACAGAGAAACCGGAAAUCAUAGUGUCGGACGUGAAAACUAGAUGGAACAGCGGAGAUAACCUCCAACCUCGGAACCUGGCCGAGCAAAUAUCCGGGACGUACGACCCGGUGACUCGGGAUGGUGAAUGGAAACUAUUGACCGUCGACGACUCUUCUGAGGCAGCCAUACCGUUGAACGCGGCGUCGGUCAUCGGUGACUUUUCGAAAUCUCGACUGUCGUUGGACGGUAUGCUUAACAGUGCCAGAUGCUCAGACAGCUGUUUUGAUCUGAACGAAAGGUUGAAGGGGAUAUUCGGUUCGGUCGACCAGAAACACUACAGGCACCACCGUGUCGUUGAUCGUCCGCGAUCCAAAUCCGAUACUCGUGAUCUGAACGAACUCACGCAGAUAUUUACUAGCCCCAAUACUGAUGACAAUAAUAAGUACACGUGCCGUUUCGAACGUAGUGCCGGAUCGGUAAAAAACUAUACCAAUAGGGACUCCACUUCCAGUAGACGUUCUUUUGAUAAUAAUAUUAUCUUAUCCCCUUUUGGAAACACGCAAAUGCAACGGCGGUCAGACGGAACUACUGACAACGAACACGACGAGUCUACUAUCAAAUCACAUUUACAAGCACUAAGCGAUGAGAGUAUACCAUUAGAAUUAGCAAUGAAACCAUUUGUGGCAUUUGAUGAAGGACAGACUGCAAUAAAUGAAUUAACUUCAACACAAACUAUGAUUACUUCAUUAAUUACUGAUGAUGGUGAUCAAUCACAAACUACGGCAAUUAAAGAACUGAAAACAUAUAUCGAACAAUAUGAACAAAUUUUAGUAGAAUUAGGAAUUAAUGAAGAUAAAUACGAGACACAUGAUUUAAGUGCCAAAAUAAUAAAAAUAAAAGAAAUAAUAACUAGAUAUGAAAUGUAUGAAGAAAUAGAAUUAUUUCAACUAUUUAUUAUUCGGCUUAGAAAUGUCGUCGAAAAACUUGAGAAUCUAGUAAUGAACAAAAAUAAAAUGGCCAUUCAGAACAAAAUAAAAGAUGCUGAUGAUAUAAUAUGUUACUAUGAAGACUGGUUAUUAACAACUGAAAAUGAUGGCCCAAAAUAUGUGGAUAAUAUUGAAGGAAAAAUAGUUGAAUUGACAAAUAAACUCCAUCAAUUACAAACCCAUGAGGAAAAUGUUGAAUAUGAGACACGUAUUUUAAAGCUGCAGUGUAUAAUUGAAAAACUUGAAAAUAUUAAAGAUAACUUCACAAAAUUGAAUCAAAAGGACACAAAAUACAAUGUUGAAAGCACGGUUAUAUCAACUGAAUUAUCUUGCAUGAAUUCACCUGAGAAUUUACAUAAUACUAGUGUAGAAAGCAUGACGAUUCCAAAAUUAAAUUAUUCAUUAAAUCACCCAAACCUAGAAACACAGCCACAAGAAAAAUAUUACGUAACUGCCCCGAGUGUAAUAAAAAACAUUGAAAGAGAGAAUGAGGUAAACACAAUAAAUUUGCUAAAAGAUAGUGAAGUUUUGAGAAGUCCAAAGUUAGUGAGGAAAAUAAAUCAAGCAUUACGUGAUGAGCAUAACUUUGAAAAAACUGAAACAAAUGUUGAUAACAAGAAAGUAUUAGGCUCUCUAGAACAAACUGAACUAGACACAAGUAAUCGUUUUGAAAUUGAAAAAACAUUAGAGAAAAAGAAAUCUAUAGAUAUAAACACGCAAUCUCAAUCCAAAAAAGCGGACUCACCAGAAAAAAAAGACGAUAAAAAAUCUAAAAGUUUUCUUCGUUUUAAAAUGCCAAAUGUGUUUAUAAAAAAAUCAAAACAAGGUGAAAUUGAUAAUGAAAGUUCAUUAAGCAAUCAACCAGAACAAAGUGUAGACAUUGAAAAUGAUAAUGUCAAACUACUAAUGUAUAAAAGGAUGAGUAGUAUAAGUAAUGAUGCCAAUAUUCUACAAAAAAAUGAAAACCAACUGAAUGAUGAAAAUAAUAAAAUUGAUGGAAACGAAAAAUACUUAUCCUAUACAAAAGAAGAUAAUAGUACUGUACUGACAAGUAUCAAUGAUAAAGUGGCACGGAUAAUUGAACAAAAUAAUUUAAAAUAUCCAACUGAUAUAAAUAUUCAACAAAGUCAAAUAUUAAGUAAAAAUCAACCCGAUGUACAAACUUCUGAUUUUCCGUUUACAACCAAUACACAAAUUAUAAACAGUGAUCCCACAAUAAUAAUUAACUCCCGUAGGACAGUCAGACGUAAAAUGGUAAUUGAUGGUAAAGAAAUUGAAGUUGAAGAUAUAAUUGACGAACCUGCAUCUGGUGAAUCUGUUAAAAGUAUUUUGAGAAAAAUUACCAAGGAUGGUAAAGAAGAACUUGAAAAUAUUAACGAUCCUAAUGAAAUUGAAUGUGUAUUACGGUUGUCAAGAACCAACGAUAAUGUACAGAAUACAUGUGUAACAAUUACAAAAACUCAUAAAACCAUUCUACGAAGUAUUAUUGUUGACGGAAAGGAGUCUGUUGUUGAAAAAGAAGACGAUGAACCAGUCAUUAAUAAAAUUCAUGAAACAUUAGUUAGAAAAUCAAUACAGGAUGGUAAUGAAAUAGUUGUCGAUGGACAAGUGACAGUUCCAGAAAAAGAGUACGAUGAAACAGAAAACAAAAGAAAUUCAAAUGAGGGUGUUGAAAAAACCAUUAAUGACGCGGUCGAUGAUGAACCUAUAGAAGAUAGUUUUGAGAUAAUUCCAGCUCUAGGAUUUGAAGAAAAUGUUCAAUCAAUGUCAUUCAACAGAUAUUUAAAUAGCAACCAAACACAGGAUGGUGAUUCCCAAACAGCCGAAAAAGAACCUGUUGAAAUUAUGGAUUUAAAUAAAUCAACAAAAGAAAUUGACAACUCAUCUUCAUUCUUAAGUAAACUGCGCAGGGGAUUGAAAAUGUCAACAUCCAAAAAUAACAAAAAAAUUAAAAAUAAAAGUAAUGAUGAGGUCACUGAAAAAGAAGAUGUAACAAAAUCGUUGUUGAACGAUUUUAUCGAAAAGGAACGUGAAAGCACCGUCGUACAAUUUUUAUCAGAAUCUGAUGCUAAUAGCAAAGCUGACGAAGUGCCCGGGUACGAAGCAAGUUCGAAAACUACAAUAAUAGUAGACAAAUCAAAGGCCGACAAGCCGGAUGUGUCCGAAAUGUUAAAACCGUUCACGACUGAAUAUCAGAUCAACCAAACGGGCACGUUCAACACGUGGAAAUCACGAAGGGUUGUUCGACGCAUUAUUAUCAUCGACGGACAAGAGAUCGAGGUGGAAGAUACAAUUGAUGAGCCUGAGCCUGGUGCACCAGUUAAAAGUAUAUUGAGAAGAACGAUCAAGAACGGCGUGGAAGUAGUUGAGAAUAUUAUCGAUCCGGAGGAAAUAGAGAAGAUCUUACGAUUGUCUGUACUCAACGAUGUCGUAAAAAAUACUAGUGAAAGUGUAACAACUACAAGAACGCGUAGAAUCAUUAGGCGCAAAAUUAUUGUCGACGGAAAAGAGUCCGUAGUAGAAGAGGAGAUUGACGAACCUGGUACUGGUGAAAUAACGGAUAGGGUCAUCCUUAAAUCGUUCGGUGAUGGACUAGAGGAAGUAGGUCAGUUAGAAAAUCUUGAUAAAGUUCAAAGGUUGUUUUCUGUCCAAAAAUCUGACAGUGACGAAAUAACUGACCAUAAUUUGAUAACAAAAACAAUAACUAGGCGAGUAAUAAGGCGUACAAUUGUAAAGGAUGGUAAAGAAAAAAUUGUAGAGGAGGUAGUUGACGAACCGGAGAACUAUGGUUUCACUGAGUCAUUGCAGAGAGAUAUUAAAAAAGACAAGAAAGAGAGUUACGACAUUACGACAUACCCCCAAGAUAACAGUAUAAACAGGAACUCUGAAUUUAUAAACGAAACUCACACUGAUAACAUAAUAACAACAAUAAGAACACGAAGAAUAAUACGACGGGUAAUUUUUGUCGACGGCAAAGAAACAGUUGUAGAGGAGGAAAUUGGUGAACCUGGGGCAAGUGAUAAUACGGUUGUGGUUCAGACACAAAAAGAUAGCACUAAUACAGUUGAAAUAAGUGAUAUACCGUUAGAAAUAGAGAACAUAGAGCAUGAUGAUAAAACCCAAACAGUAACGACCCGUACGAUGAAAAAGAUACGAAAAAUUAUUAAGCACAUAAAAACAGAAGAUGGAAAAGAAAAAGUGGUAGAGGAAAUUGUAGAUGAACCAGUCGACGAUGAUACAUUAAACGAAGUACAAAAAUUGAAAGACUCAACUGAAAUCCAGCAUACCACAGUGUUAACUUCAGAUAUCGGUGGUAAAAACGAUAUUAAAAGAACAGAUUCACGGGUUAAAGAUAUCAAAAUUAAAAAAGAAAAAGCACCAAAAAAAUCAGAAAAUGUUGGCAUUGAAGUAAAAGAAAAUAUAAAGGUUGACCUUCCAUUAAUCUCCAAACAAACAAUCGGUAUAAAAACAUCAUCGAAAACUAAAUUAGAAGGUGGCAAAAACCUCAAAGACACAGAUUUAUCAUCCACCACAGUCCCAGUAGUGAAAGCGCCCAAACCCGAUGAUAAAAAACCAACUGCAGGAAUCAAAACACCAGAAGUGUCUAAGAUUGGUAUUUCAGCGGACAUAAAAACUCCUGAUAUAAAGAUUAAGAAAGGAAAAGCACCAAAGGGAUCGGCCGAUAUUGAAUUCGACAUAAAGGAAAACGUUUCCGUUGGUAUUCCAUCGGUUUCUGUUCCGAGUGUUGAAAUC